AUAAUGAUAAACAACGGUUUAUGUUUUGCAGUUUAUUUUUGAAUUGCGUGAAAAAUUACUACAAAAAGUGCCUUUUUAUGAUAAGUUGACCAUGUCUGACUCCCCGCGCAGUAUAUUAGCUCGGCUGGAACAGUUGAAACAAUGGCAGGAAGAGCAGCAGCGGGCUCUGCUGCAGAAACAGAUUGCCCAGCGAGAACUCCUGAGCCAAGAGCAGCAAAAGAUGUACGCUAUUUUGGGUCUAAGUGGGAAAAAUACAUGCCCUGCUGAAAGUGACGAAGAGCGAGAAUAUGAACCAACGAACAUGCAGCGGCAGCUGGCUGAAGAUCAUACCUGCAGUUCUUUGUCCGAGGAUAGUGACGAGGAUACUACUUUCAGGCGACCACAAAUAUUGAUUAACGAAGGAAGCAAGCCCAAAGUACCGACGAAACCAUUUCUCAAGCGGGGCGAAGGACUGAAAGCUAGGUUUAAAGUUGAUCCAAAUGUUUUUAAAUUAGAUAACCUUCCAAAGUACAAAUAUGCUAAUCUUGCAAAAUUUAGAGCGCAGAAAAACAAGCAAAAAACGCAACCGGAAAUAGGAAAAGUUAAGCUUUCUUCUCCCCGGGAUCCCCCUGCUCAGCUACAAACUGUUGAAAAACUGCCACUCGCAGAAACCACUUUAGCACUCGAUAUUAAUCGGGUGCAGGAAAAAAAAUUAACACCGCCAGUUUCCAAUUCUAUCGUUUCUAGAAAUGUUUCCAAACAAGAAAACAUAGACAACAUAGAAAGCGAGGAAAGUUUGCUACCUAGUAUAGAAUCUCUCAAAGAAAGGCUCAGCGUAGGGGAAGUGGAAGAAGUUGCGUCGAAUAUGACAUCAACAGUGCAGCAGAACUUACCAUGGAAAGAGCAGCUAAAAGAAGACGCUGCUUUACUUCGACAAUUGAAAGAGUUGAAAGACCUGGAUUUGUUUGAAUUGCUGGAGCAACGACUAGCUUCUGGAAAUGGCAGUAUUGCUUCCGAUGCCAGUACUCUACUGCGUAUGCUGAUGGAAAACAGCAUCGAUGUUUCGGACCUAAUAUGCGGUCUAAUGGAGGAUUCUACGUUGGUUCCUGCAUGCCAUGAACCAUUGAUUGACUCAGUGGAAAACAAAGCCUACCUACAAAUACAUCCGCUUCCUGAUCCGAAACAGCACUCCCUGAAAGAGGAUGAAUCAAGUGGCAACACCAGCACGAGUAGCAGUUCUAGCGAUUCCGAUGAGGAGGACAGUAGACAACACGUGCGAUUUGCCGAGCAACAAGAAGAUGACGUGGAAACCGAUAUAGAAUCACAACUGGAGCAGAUUAACUAUAGUCGGAUGUCCACUCCAAAGGAAGACAAAACUGGCCGAAAAUCUGUUGAACGAGCGGAAGAUCACACAAAGCAGGAAAUUACAGAAGAUGCAGAGCAAGCUCGUAUUCGGGAUGAUAUUUUUGCCAAGAGUGAAGUAUUAAAACAAAGACUAGCCGAGCUCGAAAUGGAAAUCGAAACGUUUCGCAAAGAGAAUGCCCUACUAAUGAAACUGAAGCAGGAGCAUGAAUUGGAAAAAAAUAAAUUGGAACUCGAUCGGGAGGAGAUGUUGGAAAAGCUUAAUGAUGAACGAAUUAAAAUGGAAGUUUAUUUUCACGACGAACGUGUCAAAAUUGAGGAACAGCGACAAAAUGCUUUAAAAGAAGCGUUGAAACCUACUAAAAAGGAGAAAGAAGAAAUUAUACAACUAAAGGAACAAGUGGCGGAGCUUCAGAAAGAAGCAAAGGCAAAAGAGACGAAACAUGCCUCCUCAUUAGCCCGAUUCCGUUCGCAAAUCAAAAAUUUAGAAAAGGAACUGAAAGAAACCCAGCUGGAACUGGAGGUUAUGAAAAAGGACAACAAAAAAUUGGACACUGAAAAUGCUCGGCUCAAACGUCAGAAUAACAAUCGAAUGUUAUUGGAAAUCAACAAAAAUAUUGCUAAACUGGCCGCUCCGCAGCCCUUAUCGGGGGAAACAGUUAUGGCUAACCCACGCAGAAACUCAUCGCCGGAGAAACCCAAAAAGCCAUUGCUCUCGACGCGAAUGAAGCCUAUCGAAGUGGUUGAUAAGAAAAUUAAGGGGAGAGUAGCCAAAGCUAAGGUCAUCAGUCAUUCACGAAAUAGUGUUGAGAGCCGAAAAUCUGUGCCUCCAAUGGAUUCUUCGUGCAGUAGCAGUGAUGGAGAAUCGGAGGAAAAUAUCAGCGAGCAGAGUGAACUAUCAACAACGACGGACCAUGAAGAGGUGGAUUCAAAAGUUGCCGAUGAUUCCAAGUCUUCUUAUUUUCGUGGUAAAGCGAAAAGAAAUCUCUUUCAAAAUAAUUCUGCUGUAACGAAAGAAGCGAAUUUGAAAGCCGCAGCAGUAACCGAGCCAAACCAAGAAACGGCAGAGCUGUUAAAACAGUUGAAACGAGAAAUCGUCAACGAUGAUGGCAGUCGGGACAUUUGGUAUCCGAAUGGGAACCUGAAGAAAAUUUCACCCGACGGUUUGGUCAUUCGAAUGCUAUACUUCAACAAAGACAUCAAGGAGACCAACAUGAACGAGGGAACGACAAAGUAUUAUUACCACGAAACAAAUACCUGGCACACGACCUACCUGGACGGGCUGGAGAUACUUGAGUUUCCAGAUGGUCAAACUGAGCACCGUUUUAAGGACGGCUCAACGGAGGUGCACUUUCCGAACGGAUCGAUUCGUACUACCAAUCCAAACAGUGUCGACAUUGCGGAAGAAUGGAAAUACGCUGACGGUUCAACCGUGAUCGUCAAACGAAACGACGACAAAGUGAUCACGCUUCCUAACGGCCAGGUGGAAAUUCACACCAAAGCACACAAACGACGCAUCUAUCCGGAUGGAACGAUUAAGUUUCUCUAUCCGGACGGAAGCCAGGAGAGCCGAUACUCAAACGGUCGCGUGCGGUUAAAGGACAAAGAUGGUAACCUUAUUUCCGACACCGGUGGAACUUGAGCUCUUCUAGGAAAUUGGGUUCAACUAUGCAUGUAAGUACUAGCUUCCAGCUGUAAAAAUGCAGCCUGCAAUAAAUGUGUCACAUUUGCGCCUAACAGAAACUAUUUUAAAAAA